UGAUAACGCCAAUCACGCAAGAGAAGAUCAACUCAUGGGUGCAAACCACUAGAUAACCGCUUUGACAUUGACACAUUUACUGGAGAAUGAUCGCCAUAGAUAAUGUGCUCAUCUGCCGAGGUUACAGACAGCUUAGGCCGUUUGUCCCUGCAGCUUUGAUAACGACAUACCCGACGUUGUACGCGCCAUAUGAGGUGUUCAAGACUGCCGUCCGUCUGCCUAUAAAUACACUAUCUUUCUCAGAAGAUUGUUCCGAAGUAAUUAUUCUUAAUCGAAUUCGUACAUCGUGAUUGGACCCAAGCAUUUCUCAUCAUGGCUUCCUCAACUUUUGAGAGCUCCGACCCAGCCGUUUACAAAGAGUAUGAAGCUCAAUGGUCCACUCUCCCCACUGAUGCUGAAGGCUGGAUUAAGCGCGCCCAGGACGUCGCUGAAGUCCUAGCAAGAGAUGCACCAGCUAGAGAACGCGCAAAUAAGUCUCCCAAGGCUGAAGUCGCUCUUCUCAAGCACUCUGGUCUUCUCAAGAUCCUUGGCCCAGCUAAGUAUGGCGGUGGUGAACAGCCGUGGAGUGUUGGUUUCAGAGCAAUCCGUGAGGUCGCUAAGAAGGAUGGAUCUGUUGGCAUGCUUCUGGGCUACCAUCUCGUCUGGUCCACAACAGCCAACGUAGUCGGAACUCCCGAGCAAGCAGACCGCACCCACAAACUCAUCAUCUCUAACAACUACUUCGUCGGCGGUGCCGUCAACCCGCGGGACAACGAUCUCAAGAUCACUUCCAACGGAGAUAAGCUUAUCUUCAAAGGUUUCAAGAACUUUAGCACUGGCGGUGUAAUUUCCGACUUGACCGUCCUUGAAGGUGUUUAUGGAGAAAAGGAAGAGCAUAUCUUUGCUAUUGUUCCAACGCAGCAGCCCGGUAUUCAGUUUAAGCAUAACUGGGAUAAUGUUGGAUUGAGACUUACGGAGUCCGGGGGUGUUAAUAUCGAGAAUGUUGAGGCGCCGUGGGGUGAUGCGUUGGGAUGGGAUAUUGAGGCGAAGAAGCCUGAUCCUAAUAUCUUGGCUAUUCCUUUCACGAGUCUAUUUCUGCCGACAAUUCAACUAAACUUUGCUAACCUUUACCUCGGCAUUGCGGCCGGUGCUCUUGAGUUUGCCAAGGAGUAUACUCUCAAGAACACUCGCGCCUGGCCCUUCGGUGGCGAUAACAAGGAGAAAGCAACAGACGAAUUCUACAUCCUCUCCACCUAUGGCAACUUCUUCGCCCAUCUCCGCGCCACCGAAGCUCUCGCCGAGAAAGUCAAUGCUGAAGCCGACUCUCUCUACGCAAAGUACUCACAAGAUCGCUCCGCUGUUACAGCCGAACAGCGUGGUGAGUUCGCAGAAUGGGUCGCCAGUCUCAAGGUUGUCACUACAGACACUGGUCUUAAGAUCACGUCGGGAGUUUUCGAAGUCACUGGCUCGAGGUCAACUGCUGCAAAGGUUGGAUUGGAUAGGUUCUGGAGAGACUUGAGAACGCAUACGCUGCAUGACCCUGUGGCGUAUAAGAAUCGGGAAUUGGGACGGUAUCUUUUGUUGGGAGAGUAUCCUGAGCCAACCUGGUACACUUGAUCUGAGAGAGUUUUGGCUACUAGACAGAUCGGAAGCCAAUGAGAAUUUCAUACCCGUCUAGUACUUAAGUAUAAUGGAUAUU